UAACAACAUCCAUCUUUCUUCUCCCUCUCAACCACAUUUAACCUCGAGAGCCUCGUCGCCAACAACCGCUUUCGCGUACCUUUAUCAACAAUCACCACCGCGUUUCCACUUCUUUUCUUUUCAUUCUUGCCUCGCGGCAUAUUUUUUUCAAACGCACUUUAAUUGAUUCGCGUCCGUCGCGAACCGGGAAACUUGCCAGCCUGAUUAUCACGACAGUCUUUUUUAAUCCAUCAUCAUGUCGACCGAAGAGGAUCUGAUCGACUACUCCGAUGAGGAGCUAGGCACCAACGAGGCCUCCACCACCAACGGCAAGAAGACCGACGCAGCCGCUUCUGGCAAUAGCGUUGACAAGAAGGGUUCUUACGUUGGCAUUCACGCUACCGGCUUCCGUGAUUUCCUACUGAAGCCCGAGCUCCUACGCGCCAUAGCCGAUUGCGGAUUCGAACAUCCUUCGGAGGUCCAACAGACCUGUAUCCCUCAGGCUCUCCUCGGAGGUGAUAUUAUCUGCCAAGCAAAGUCCGGUCUCGGCAAAACCGCCGUCUUCGUUCUCACCACUCUUCAACAAGUCGAGCCCGUCGCUGGCGAGUGUUCCGUUUUGGUCAUGUGCCAUACUCGCGAGCUGGCUUUCCAGAUCCGUAACGAGUACAACCGUUUCAGUAAAUACAUGCCCGACAUCAAGACUGGCGUGUUCUACGGUGGUACUCCCAUCCAAAAGGAUGCGGAGAUUCUGAAGAACAAGGAGACUCAUCCUCACAUCAUUGUCGGCACUCCUGGUCGUCUCAAUGCCCUCGUCCGGGACAAGUAUCUCAGACUCACAAGCGUCCGCAUCUUCGUCCUUGAUGAAUGUGACAAGAUGCUUGACGCUAUUGACAUGCGACGAGACGUCCAGGAUAUCUUCCGAGCCACUCCUCAGCAGAAGCAGGUUAUGAUGUUCUCUGCUACACUCUCUGACGAGGUCAAGCCGAUCUGCAAGAAGUUCAUGCAAAACCCUACCGAGCACUAUGUUGAUGAAGACACCAAGUUGACCCUCCACGGUCUCCAACAAUACUACAUCAAGCUCGAAGAGCGGGAGAAGAAUCGCAAGCUCAACGAGCUUCUCGAUGAGUUGCAGUUCAACCAAGUCAUCAUCUUCGUCAAGAGCACCAUUCGUGCCACCGAGCUUGACAAGUUGCUUCGUGAAUGCAACUUCCCAUCUAUCUCGGUGCACUCUGGCGUUAGCCAAGAAGAGCGUAUCAAACGCUAUAAGGAGUUCAAAGAAUUCAAUAAGCGCAUCUGUGUUGCCACUGACGUGUUCGGUCGUGGUAUUGACAUUGAGCGUAUCAACUUGGCUAUCAACUACGAUUUGCCCGCUGAUGCCGACUCCUACCUCCACCGCGUUGGUCGUGCCGGCCGUUUCGGUACCAAGGGACUGGCAAUAUCAUUUAUGAGCACCGAUGCAGACCAGGAAGUCUUGAAGGCUGUUGAAAAGCGAUUUGAGGUCCCAGUUCCCGAAUUCCCCAAGGAUGGCAUCGAUGCCAGUACCUACAUGGCGUCGUAAGCUACAUCGGCGAUUUCGGUUGAUCUCUUUAGUCUUCGCACAAGAAUUGUUCUGGGAAACGACUCGGAGGAUUCGUUUAAUGCGUUGAGCCCCCGUAGUCACAAAAGGGGGUUUCUUUCCGAAAAGCAAAUGAUUCGUUUGGCACCACGGCUCUGUACAUUAUGUUUGGCUUGGAACGGGUGACGCGGUACACUGUCAGAGAGGUCCAGAGAUUAGCUGAUUCGGACGCUAGAGCUCGUCGUAACGCGUGCUGGAUCCAUUUCAUUCGGUUGCUUCACGCGGUAAUACUCCGUAGUCUCACGCCUUGCAAGCAACGAAAUAGACUGCUCUGAAACGCA